AUGAAGCAACUGACGGAUGCACAGCGUGCUGGCAGCAACGCAGAGACGCUGCGGCAAGUUCAGCAGAUGAGGUCAGGUUUGCAGGCCCUGAUGAGUGCAAUUAAUGUGGAGCUUGGCAAGGUCCGUAGCUCGAAGCAGAAGGCAGAGCUGUCUGAAAAACAAAAGGCCCUGGAGGAACGCGACUUGAUGGUCUUCAAUGAGAUCCUUCCGGAAGCUGUUAGCAAGGCCAAUGCUGCAGAGGAUGCAGUGGAGAAAGCCGUGAUCACCUCGGAGAUGAUCGCUGCGGGCGGAGAAGACCUUGAUGAGGUUCGACAGGCUGUUGGAGCAACCGAGCAGGCGGUGCAAGAAGCACAAAAAGCCAUGGGUGAAGCACGAAUCUUCUUGAAUGCCAAGCAAGCUGCGGCCAGGCGGUACGAGAGCGAGAAGGUGAAAGCCAAGGCGAUCUCAGAACUGGGCGGAUUGCAAGCUCAGCUCCAAGAGGCUCAGCAGAAGCUGAGCCCACUGAAGAAUGUCCGACAGGAAUUUGUGCAGCGCACAGCUGCUCAGAAGAUGAUGCAAGAAGUCUUGGAGAAGCUAUCACCCGCGGAGGUAGAUGUUGAUCGUGCCGAAGAAGCCACGGAAAUGCUCAAGAGCGAGGAAGGCGUGUCCAAGGAGCUGAUGGUGCAGGCGCAACAAGCUGUCUCCAAGGCCGGUGAGCAUGUGAACGCUGUUGUGCGGUUCAUUGAGACGAAGAAGAAGAACGCAGUAGGCUAG